UUUCACUACAAACCAUGGCUACCACCACGUUUCUUUCGAUUUUUACCAUUUUGAUUUUUCCACUUUUUGCAAAAGGACAACUGUUACUACCAGUAGUGCAAACGAAUAGCGGCAAAGUGGCUGGACAAUACAUGAAAACAGUAUUGGGAAAUAUGACGUACAAAAGUUUUAGAGGUAUACCGUAUGCCGAACCACCGCUAGGGGAGUUGCGAUUCAGGCCACCCAAGCCGAAAAAACCUUGGAAUGGCACAUUUUUGGCCCUCAAAGACGGUCCCACGUGUAUCCAACAGGAUAGGAAAAAUAAUAACAUCGUCUUAGGAUCAGAAGACUGCUUGUACCUAAACGUCUACGUACCAGUAAUUAGAUCGCAGUCAAAAAGGGGCCAGAAGCAGAAACAAGAAAAAAAAAAACCAGUUAUUGUUUGGAUCCACGGAGGGGCUUUUACUACUGGCAACGGCAAAAGCACAUUCUACGGUCCUGAUUUUCUCAUCGAGACCAAUGUCAUAGUCGUGUCUAUUCAAUACCGCCUCGGCCCGUUUGGAUUUUUAAACAUCAACCACCCACAAGCUACAGGCAAUUGCGGCCUCAAAGAUCAAAACGAAGGGUUGAAGUGGGUUCAACAAAACAUUGAAAAUUUCGGAGGUGAUCGUAAAAAAGUGACCAUCCUUGGGCAAUCAGCUGGAGGGGUCUCCGUCGACUUGCAAGUGUUGUCGAGCAUGUCCACCGGGUUGUUUCGGCAGUCGAUUUCCAUGAGUGCUUCGCCUCUUUGUAUCUACUGGGCUUUUCAAAGUAACGCCGAAGCAGAAGAACGGGCCUUUCAGCUCGGCAAAAGGCUGAACCCCGGCCUCGAUAACAACAAGGACAACUUGUUGGCAAUCCUCAAAAAUGCUCCCGCGUCGAAAAUCAUCGAGCAAGCAAGCCAAUUAGGAUUGAUCCCAUUUAGACCUACGUUGGAAGACAGUAGAAUUGCACCGGAGGAGCCGAAAUUUUUAACCGAGUGCACUCCAAAAAAAUACAAACAAGGGAAUUACAACAAAGGGCCUCACAUGAUGGGUUUCACACUGAAUGAGAUAUUAUUUCUAGCCAAUUCUCCUGACGAAUUGAUCAAUUACACGUUGUUAGCGCCAAAGAUUAUAAAUACUGUCAUCCCUCUGAGCGCAAUUCCAGCAAUGAUGACAAUCGUAUCUUUUCCAGCUAAAAGUCUAGCAAAAGUAGAAAAGAUUGUAUUCAUGAACUUGAUUAACGAACUGUCAAACCUAUACUUUGUAACGGGAAUCGAUAGAAAACAGAAACUUAUGAGUGAGACCAAUCAAAAUCCCAUCUAUUACUAUCGUUACUCAUUCCAUUCGCCUUAUUCUGCACACAAGUUUGAGGGCAUUGAAAAUUUAGAUGGAGUGGCGCACGAAGACGAGUUAUCUCACUUGUUUUAUAGGCCACAAUAUAACAUUCCACUUGAUGAUCAAAGGAUUUCACUUAUGAGAAGAAGACUAGUAAAAAUGUGGAGUAAUUUCGCUAAAUACGGAAACCCGACUCCAGAUGGUCCUGAGGAUUCUUUGUUGCAAGUGACGUGGCCGGACUCUCGGAAAUCAGGAUUACAUUUAGAAAUAAAUGACAAGCUUGAAGUCGGUGAU